AUGGCACCGAGCAGUUGGCGUGGGGAGAGGGAACAGCCGUCCCCGAGCCGCACACACGUCCCGGAGCCCCGAGCGCCCAUGGAGCUCUUCGAGACCAACCCUUACUUUUUCCCGGAGCAGAGGUUUUACGACGGGGAGAGUUUCCUGGGCUCCCGCUAUGAGCCGGCGGCGUUCCCCGAGCGCGCCGAGGCCUCGCUGUGCCCCGAGGGCAGGGCGGCUCUGGAGGAGAAGGACUCGGUGGGCGAGCACUGCCCCGGGCAGUGCCUGCCCUGGGCCUGCAAGGUGUGCAAGAGGAAGACGGUGUCCAUGGACCGGCGCCGAGCGGCCACGCUGCGGGAGAAGCGGCGGCUCAAGAAGGUGAACGAGGCGUUCGAGGCGCUGAAGCGCAGCACCCUCCUGAACCCCAACCAGAGGCUGCCCAAGGUGGAGAUCCUGCGCAGCGCCAUCCAGUACAUCGAGCGGCUGCAGAGCCUGCUCAGCUCCCUCAACCAGCAGGAGCGGGAGCAGCGAGAGCUCCGCUUCCGCCCCCAGCCCGCGGCGACCAGCGAGUGCGGAUCCGGCCGCUCAUCCUGCAGCCCCGAGUGGAGCACCCAGCUGGAGUUUGGCACCAACCCUGCAGAUCCCCUCCUGGCCGAGGAGGCGGCGGAGGAGCGCGACCUGCCCUCGCUGUCCUCGCUCGUGGAGAGCAUCGCCGGCGACGGCGCGGCCGCGACCUUCCGGGAGGAGCGGGGCCAGAACUGA